AGAUCAGCGGGCACAGGGCCUGUAGAGAGGGGACCUGACGGGCAGGAUGCACUGGCUCCCAGCAGGCCACGACAUCAAUGGCGCCCUGGAGCCCUCCAACAUCGACACCAGCAUCCUGGAGGAGUACAUCGGCAAGGAGGACGCCUCGGACCUCUGCUUCCCCGACAUCUCCGCUCCAGCCAGCGCCGCCUCCUUCCCCCACGGGCAGCCUGCAGCCCCUGGCUCCGGUGGGGUCCACCACCUGAGCUCCCCUGGGGGUGGACCCUCCCCGGUGCGCCACGGUCCCCUCCCGCCCCCGAGCUACAGUGCCCCACUCAACUGCAACAACAACAACGGCGUGGGCGCCGCCCCGAAGCCCUUCCUGGGGGGCUCGGGGCCCCCCAUCAAGGCAGAGCCCAAGGCUCCCUAUGCCCCAGGCACCCUGCCGGACUCGCCCCCAGACUCGGGCUCCGAGGCCUACUCCCCGCAGCAGGUGAACGACCCCCAUCUCCUACGCACAAUAACCCCUGAGACCCUGUGCCACGUGGGGGUGCCCUCCCGCCUGGAGCACCCGCCCCCACCUCCAGCCCACCUGCCAGGCCCCCCGCCGCCCCCGCCGCCCCCACCUCACUACCCUGUCCUGCAGCGGGACCUGUACAUGAAGGCCGAGCCCCCAAUCCCGCCGUAUGCUGCCAUGGGGCCGGGUCUGGUGCCUGCGGAUCUCCACCACACCCAGCAGUCCCAGAUGCUGCAGCACUUGCUGCAGCAGCACGGAGCUGAGCUCCCCACACACCCCUCCAAGAAGAGGAAGCACUCAGAUUCGCCCCCCAACACCCUCAAUGCCCAGAUGCUGAAUGGGAUGAUCAAACAGGAGCCUGGGACCGUGACAGCGCUGCCCCCACACCCUGCGCGAGCCCCUUCCCCACCCUGGCCUCCCCAGGGCCCACUCUCACCGGGCCCCGGCUCCUUGCCGCUCAGCAUUGCCCGGGUCCAGACACCGCCGUGGCACCCUCCAGGUGCACCCUCACCAGGUCUCCUGCAGGACAAUGAUAGUCUCAGUGGCUCCUACCUGGACCCCAACUACCAGUCCAUCAAGUGGCAGCCCCAUCAGCAGAACAAGUGGGCCACACUGUACGAUGCCAACUACAAGGAGCUGCCUAUGCUCACCUACCGUGUGGACGCUGACAAGGGCUUCAACUUUUCGGUGGGGGACGACGCCUUCGUGUGCCAGAAGAAGAACCACUUCCAGGUGACGGUGUACAUCGGCAUGCUGGGGGAGCCCAAGUACGUCAAGACGCCCGAGGGCCUCAAGCCCCUUGACUGCUUCUACCUGAAGCUGCAUGGAGUGAAGUUGGAGGCCCUGAACCAGUCUAUCAACAUUGAACAGUCUCAGUCAGACCGAAGCAAGCGGCCCUUCAACCCUGUCACGGUCAAUCUGCCUCCUGAGCAGGUCACAAAGGUGACUGUGGGACGGCUGCACUUCAGUGAGACCACUGCCAACAACAUGCGCAAGAAAGGCAAGCCCAACCCUGACCAGAGGUACUUCAUGCUGGUGGUGGCCCUUCAGGCUCAUGCACAGAACCAGAACUACACGCUGGCUGCCCAGAUCUCAGAGCGCAUCAUCGUGAGGGCCUCCAACCCAGGUCAGUUUGAGAGCGACAGUGAUGUGCUGUGGCAGCGGGCGCAGGUGCCCGAUACUGUCUUCCACCAUGGUCGUGUGGGCAUCAACACCGACAGGCCUGACGAGGCUCUGGUUGUGCAUGGCAACGUCAAGGUCAUGGGCUCGCUCAUGCACCCCUCGGACUUGCGGGCCAAGGAGCACGUGCAGGAGGUGGACACCACCGAGCAGCUGAAGAGGAUCUCGCGCAUGCGGCUGGUGCACUACAGAUACAAGCCCGAGUUCGCGGCCAGCGCGGGCAUCGAGGCCACCACGCCAGAGACGGGUGUCAUCGCUCAGGAGGUGAAGGAGAUCCUGCCCGAGGCUGUGAAGGACACGGGAGAUGUGGUCUUUGCCAAUGGGAAAACCAUAGAGAACUUCCUGGUGGUGAACAAGGAGCGCAUCUUCAUGGAGAACGUGGGGGCCGUGAAGGAGCUCUGCAAGCUGACGGACAACCUGGAGACGCGCAUCGACGAGCUGGAGCGCUGGAGCCACAAGCUGGCCAAACUGCGGCGCCUCGACAGCCUCAAGUCCACUGGCAGCUCGGGGGCCUUCAGCCACACAGGGAGCCAGUUUAGCCGGGCAGGCAGCGUUCCUCACAAGAAGAGGCCCCCCAAGGUGGCCAGCAAGUCGUCAUCAGUGGUGCCAGACCAGGCCUGCAUCAGCCAGCGCUUCCUGCAGGGAACUAUCAUUGCCCUGGUGGUGGUCAUGGCCUUCAGCGUGGUGUCCAUGUCCACACUGUAUGUGCUGAGCCUGCGCACCGAGGAAGACCUGGUGGAUACUGAUGGCAGGUCCAGCCAGAGUUUUGGAACCACUCAGCUCCGACAGUCCCCUGUGACCACUGGGUUGCCAGGCACACAGCCCUCUUUGCUGCUGGUUACGACCAGCCUGAUCAGCUCGGCCCCAGAUCCAGCUAUCCGCACGUUGGACCUGUGCUCCAGCCACCCCUGCCCUGUCGUCUGCUGCUCUUCACCCGCCUCCAGCCCUGCCUCAGACCCUAGUCUUGACUCCAGUUUUAACCCUGGCCAUAGUCCCACCCCCAGACCUAGCCCCAGUCCCAGCAUUAACCACUCAGACCCCAGCCAGAUGGCCCAGCUGCCAGUCACCAACAUCAGAGCCAAGUCUUGGAGUAUUUCAGCCAAUGGCAUUGGCCACCCCAAACAUUCCAAGGGCAUGGAACCUGUGGCCAGCCCUGCAGUUCCCUUCCCUGGGGGGCAGAGUAAGGCCAAGAACAGCCCCAGUCUUGGACUCCAUGGCCGGGCCCGCAGAGGAGCCCCCCAGACCAGCCUGGGCCCUGCUCAGCCCACUCACAGCCAGCCAGACCCAGUGCCCUCCCUGACCUCCAUCCAGGUGCUGGAGAACUCGAUGUCCAUCACCUCCCAGUACUGCGCUCCACAGGGUGCCUGCAGGCCUGGAAACUUCACCUACCACAUUCCUGUCAGUAGCAGUACCCCACUCCACCUCAGCCUGACCCUGCAGAUGAACUCCUCUUCCCCUGUGUCGGUGGUGCUGUGCAGCCUGACGACAAAGGAAAAGCCGUGUGAGGAGGGGUCACUCCCGCAGAUUCUCCCUACCCAUCAGGACACCCAGGGCACCUCUCACCAGUGGCCCAUAACCAUACUGUCCUUCCGUGAAUUCACCUACCAUUUCCGGGUGGCACUGCUGGGUCAGGCCAGCUGCAGCUCGGAGGUCCUUAGCCAGCCAGCCACAGACUACUACUUCCACUUCUACCGCCUGUGUGACUGAGCUGCCUCCUGGGGCAGUGCCACACCAGGGAUUUGGGGUCCUUAGACCCCUUCCACACUGGGUGCAACGAAUGGUGUUCCACCAUUGGAGCCUGCUGCCUCCCAGCUCUCUGCCAAUUCACUGGCCUCCCUGAGCCUGGGGAAACUGGAAGUCUUCGCACUGGAUCUGCUGUUCCUACUGGUCACCCUCAGGUGGCAUGGAGGGAGCCGGGGACAAGACUUCCUGGGCGUUCCUGCCUACCACCUCCUGGUGGCAGGAUCCACAUUUGUCCAGAUGUGGUUCAGAUAUAGAGGCUGGCUUCAGGGGCCCUGCCUUGCCCAGAGCCCACUCUCCCCUGCCCCUCCCUUUUGAGACAGGGAGUUGCUGCUCUUGGAGACAGCUGCCAGGGGCUUGGAUCCAGCCCUUCAAGAUCUGACUGGACCCCAGGAGUCAAUAGGACAGACGGAUCUCCCCCUUGAUGCUGCUCCCUGGGGGAUGGCUUUGUAGUGGACUUUUUGGGGUAUGACUGUUACACUGGACUUGGACUUCUAAGCUUUAAGUGUAGCCCAGGAGGUAUUUCUUCCUGGGAGAGCUUGGCUCCUGAGAACUUCCCGGGCAGCUGAGGCCAGCCCUGGAUGGGCUGGAGAGACUUGAUUUUGUGCCUUAAAUCUACUGAGUGCCUGAGGAAGUCACCCUCAGCCCUCCACAGUCUAAACCACUGGGGGCCAGCAGGCCAGAUAAACCUGGAGUAUCUGGAAGGGGAGGUUCCCUGUGAACCCCCACACCCUGUGAUCCCGGGAACUUACACCGUGGUGUCAGCGACUCCAUCCUUCCCCUCGCCCCCCACCCCCAGCAGAGGAGCAGGAAUCCUUGCAAGCAUUGGGCUGGUGGGCAGAUGCAAAUAACUUUGGCUGUUAUUAAUGAAAUAAUUACUAAAUGCACUUAAGCCAGGCCAGGAAGGAUUGGAAGGACGGAGCUAGAAAGUUCAGAGUGGGCCAGAGCCCUGGAGUGACACUUGCAAAGAAAGAAGGGUCCUGAUUCUGAUCCUUCCCAGGAGGCUCAGAGACACCCACCCCACUUCCAACCACCAAAUUUUGGCUUCUCCCCAGUUUGUGGGUAGCUUUCUCUCCCCAUAUUAAAGGCGCCCUUGCUGUGCUUGGUCAAGAUGGAGGUAUCCAUGCUCAGCAAACCCCAUCUCUGGCUUCCUCUCCCAGGAGUGAUACAGUGGGUUUGGGUUAAGGAAGAUGUUAACUUCUCUUCAUGGUGUCUGCAGCAUUCUGGGGCCACAUGCAGGCUCAUGAAAGGAAUGUGGCAGUCAUUUGGCCAUGUCUACCAUUGUCCAGAAACAGGAAAGGGAACUGCCGUCCUUGCCCUGUGCAAUCCCAUCACUUCUUUGGAAACCAGGCCUUACCCCUAUCCUACCUCUCAGCUCUGAACAGGAGGCCUUUCUGUUGGGGAACUGAGUUCUAGAAGCCAAUUAACUGCAGACCCCCUUCCGCCAUGGAUCUAAAGCACUUAUCCACGGGGUAGGGAAGCACUAGGGGACUCAGGGAUUGCAGGACACCUUGCCUCCAACUCCCUCCCCAGUUUGGCUCUACUCCCUGAUUCCAACAUAGGAGCUAUAUGACUCCCCAUGCCAUGCCAGGGGUCAAGCCCUGCUUAGUUCUACUGGGUUCUUCUUCCCACAGGGGACACCUCCUUACAGUGCCUUAAAACUGCCAAGCCCACUCCUUGGUGAUAGGAUUCUGGGGCUUCUUGGGGUGGGGGGGAUCGUUCUUGGACUGCAGCACCAGUCCUUAACUGGAAAGUGACCCUCCACUGCCCCCUGGAGUCUAUAUGGACAUAGCAUAGCCCCCAGUCCCACUGGCAGCUGGCCCUGUUUCCAUGCCUGGAAGGAGUCCUCAGUGCCAGGGUGGGGGCUUGGGCUCCAAGCUGCUUGAGGGGGUCAACCUUGGACCAAAGCUACCUUAAGCCCAAGGUAUAAAAGGGCUCCAAGGAAGGUGAGUGGGCCACCUGCCAGAGGCUGGCUGGCCCUCCCCAGGCUCCAGCAGGCCAUCUCUCCCUUCCUCUCUCCUCUCUGGUAUUUGUUCCUGUAGCCACUGGGCUAUUCCCCUCUAGCUUCAAGCUGUACAUAUGGCCUCCCAGUGCAGAACCCCUGCCCACACUAUUGCCCCUUAGCAGUCUGCAUGUGCAUAGAGCGUCCCCUCCCCAGUUAACUCCGAGUCUUAUCCCUGGGCUCUGACUUAUAUUUAUCAUAUACCCACUGACUGAGGUAGGCAGAGGGAAGCCACCCUAGGCCUGCUUGCUUCUUGUCCUCCAA